UCGCAGGUUUGAGAUAUAGUAUAAGUUAAAAAAAAUCAUUUGCAUAUUCUACCAUAUAACGACAGUAUAAGAACUGUAAUAACAUGCACAUCUUCGAUCAUAAUGGAUAUACAAUAAGAUCGGUUACAAGAAACAUGUGACCAUUGUGUGGUUAAGAAAGGAAUAAUAUUAUAAACGGCGAUGAGUUGGCCUUAAUCUCAAUGUUUGACGGAUAUUAACAUAAAAGGCAUAAAAACAAGAACAAUUAUUAAAUAAUACAUCGUCUUAAUCAGUGAAAUAAUGCAUUAUUGAGUUAACUUUCUCACUUAGUAAAACAGGUAAAGAGAGGGAACCAAUGACUAUUCGUCUGGGAAAAAAUCAAAUACUGAAAGCAUUAGAGAACGCCAUGAUUGGGAUGUGCCCUGGAGAGUAUCGGAAAAUAACUGUACCCGCUAACCAUGCCUACGGCAAUACAGUGAUCAAGAUUCCUGAUGGUAGGCAUUUGAAACCCCCAGUAACAAUUAUUGUCCAUGCCACACUGAUACAGAUAUUCAGACAAACACAGAAAGAAAUAGAUUCUGCCUUUGAUAUUUGGGAUACUGAUGGUGAUGACCGUCUUAGCGAAAAAGAGCUUUUGAAUAUAUUUGAAGCAUUUACACAAAUAGCAGGAAAAGACCGUAUUGGAAAAAUAGACAAAAUGCUUGAUCAGUGGUUUGGUUUGCUCGAUGGUGAUCGUAAUGGUUUUAUAACCAAAGACGAAUUUGUUAAAGCAGAAAGUACAGAAGCUGAUCCCAUAUCUUCGGAGAUGUUUCAAAAUUUGGCAAAACGAUACAUAUCCAUGCUUAAAACAAGAUCUUCUACAAGGGACAAGAAAAUAAAGGACGAAUUAUAAAAAAAUAUUUUUUAUUAAAAUUCAUUUUUGUGUCAGUAA